GGAUUUAGGAAAAUUAUGCUGCAGCGUCACGGCCGCUGGCUAAAACACUGGCAAAAAUAGAACCUAAGUCCAUCCAUCGCAUUCAAAAUGUCGGUGCACUACAAGUUUAAAAGCACCCUCGAUUUCGACACCAUCACCUUCGAUGGGUUGCACAUAUCGGUGGCCGACUUGAAGAAAUCCAUCAUACAGCAGAAGCGGUUGGGCAAGACCGUGGACUUCGAUCUACAGAUAACCAACGCGCAGACGAAGGAAGAGUACGGUGACGAUGGGAUGUUGAUACCAAAAAACACCUCGCUCACAAUUGCCCGAGUUCCGGUCAAGUCGCAGGGGAAAAAGAAUUGGGAAAAACCUGGCACGGAACAGGCAAGUGCGCCGCCGCCUUCUUCGCGCAGUAGCAAGCACGAUGCAGCCAAUUCGCAGACCAACGUGGACCUUUCGACGAUGAACGGUACGGAAGAGGAUAAGAUACGCGAGAUGAUGUAUCAAAGCACGGCCGACUACGAUCCUACGAAGUUUAAGCAUAGCUACCAGAAGGUGCGUGGCUCACAAACGGGGGAAGUUCCGAUGAACUACAAGUGCUAUCGGUGUCACAAACCGGGCCAUUGGAUUAAGAACUGUCCGAUGGGACCGCUCCCGAAGGAGAACGUUGAAAUUAAGCGCACAUCCGGAAUACCGCGCUCGUUUAUUGAGCGCGAUAGGAACGUGGAUCAGAACCCGGCCAUGCAACCGGUUCAGAUGCCGCCGGAGGAAAAGCAGGUCAUACCGGAGGAUUUGAUCUGCAGCAUUUGCAAGGAUCUUUUCACCGACGCCGUCAUGAUUCCAUGCUGUGGCAGUUCGUUCUGUGACGAGUGCGUUCGGACUGCCCUGCUCGAGUCGGAGGACAACGAGUGUCCGGAUUGCAAGGAGAAAGGCUCGUCUCCGGGUUCACUGAUACCGAACCGAUUUCUACGCAACUCUGUUAACGCGUUCCGAAAUGAAACGGGCUACACAAAGUCCUUUAAUAAGGCUGCUGUCGGUAAGAAACAAACGAAACCCGAAGAAACACAAACGGCCGAUAGUACCACCAGUGGGGGCCAUUCUAUUGCGGCAGUAAGCAGCUCGGCGAUCGGUAGCUCCAUUGCAACGACGACCACCACCAGCACCACCACCACCGGUGAGCCAGUCGAAUCGUCCACGUAUGAAGACGAACCGACAGGUGAAAUGCAUCCGCAAAUAUUUGAGGAAAUAUCGCAACAGGGCGACGAUCUGGCCUCACCUGCUCUAGAGGACAAGGAUCCGUCAGUUAUCGGUGGCCAUCCACAGAUUUGCGAUGCGGAAUCGGAUUACGAGGACAAUAUAACGGUCACUGUGCCACCGGCACACCUGCAAAGUCGCGGUGCUUACCGGGGCGGUCACUACAAUGGUGGCCGACCGAUACGCCACGGGAAACCGAUGCACGGACACGAGACGCCACCGAACGAGCGGCAAAUGAUGGGUGGCGGGAGAGGCGGUGGAGGACAGGGGUACGCAGGCGGAGGCGAUCCUGGCAAUGGGACCGGUGCAGGCCACCAGGGACAAGAACUGCCGCUGGAUAGAGAAGAAGACCAUCGGCGGCUGAUGGCAAUGGAAGAGAAGGACGAUGAUGGCUACGGUAUCGGUGCGGGGGGUCCUCCGAUGGCGCUGAGAGACCGCGGGGGUGCAGGUGGCUUGGAGUACGGCAGUCUGUCACCCGAUUAUCAUCACCAUGCGGCCCGCGGAUUGAUGCCGAUACCGCACAACCAUCCGCAACACCAACAGCCACAUGUGCAGCAUAUUGGAACGACUAUGGGACACCCGGGAGUACCGGGCGGUGUUUAUAUGGUCCCUGGAAAUGCUUAUCCCGGGCACGGUGGUCACUCGCAAUACGGAAUGAUGGCCGGGGCAGCGGCUGGUUACGGAAUGCAGCAAGGUGGUUACCCACCUCACCAGCGGCCGUACGACCACCAUCACGGCGCGAUGUAUCCGGGUGACAGGCCACCGAGGCUAAUGUACCAUCCGAGAGGCGGUUACGCCCCUCACUCGCAGCAUAUGAGACCCCGGCACAUGGCCCCGCGACCGAUGGGCGCCUAUCCCGGAAUUCUCCAAUCAAUAGGCCCUGGAAUAAUAGACGAUCCUCUGGAGGCUUUCAAUCGAAUCAUGCGCGAGAAAGAGCGACGCAAGGAACAGGAAGCAUUGCGCAGGGCUCGUUCACCGGGCGGCAGUGGUGGUGACCGUGGCCGUCGUUCGCGUUCGUUCGACAAUGGAAGCCGUGGCGCAGAUACAGAGGCCGUCGUGACGAUAGGCGCGGAGAAGAUCGUCGUGUCGGAGACCCGAGGGACCGUUCACCAGGGUACGGCAAUCAACAAAGCUAUGGGUACGGCAACAAUCGUCCUCGAGGUGGCGGUGGUGGCCAACGAGGCCGUCCGCGGGGCAACAGCCGUGAUCCCGGAACUGCUCCUGGCGAACCUAAGUCCAUCCAUCGCAUUCAAAAUGUCGGUGCACUACAAGUUUAAAAGCACCCUCGAUUUCGACACCAUCACUUUCGAUGGGUUGCACAUAUCGGUGGCCGACUUGAAGAAAUCCAUCAUACAGCAGAAGCGGUUGGGCAAGACCGUGGACUUCGAUCUGCAGAUAACCAAUGCGCAGACGAAGGAAGAGUACGGUGACGAUGGGAUGUUGAUACCGAAAAACACAUCGCUCACAAUUGCCCGAGUUCCGGUCAAGUCGCAGGGGAAAAAGAAUUGGGAAAAACCUGGCACGGAACAGGCAAGUGCGCCGCCGCCUUCUUCGCGCAGUAGCAAGCACGAUGCAGCCAAUUCGCAGACGAACGUGGAUCUUUCGACGAUGAACGGUACGGAAGAGGAUAAGAUACGCGAGAUGAUGUAUCAAAGCACGGCCGACUACGAUCCUACGAAGUUUAAGCAUAGCUACCAGAAGGUGCGUGGCUCACAAACGGGGGAAGUUCCGAUGAACUACAAGUGCUAUCGGUGUCACAAACCGGGCCACUGGAUUAAGAACUGUCCGAUGGGACCGCUCCCGAAGGAGAACGUUGAAAUUAAGCGCACAUCCGGAAUACCGCGCUCGUUUAUUGAGCGCGAUAGGAACGUGGACCAGAACCCGGCCAUGCAACCGGUUCAGAUGCCGCCGGAGGAAAAGCAGGUCAUACCGGAAGAUUUGAUCUGCAGCAUUUGCAAGGAUCUUUUCACCGACGCCGUCAUGAUUCCAUGCUGUGGCAGUUCGUUCUGUGACGAGUGCGUUCGGACUGCCCUGCUCGAGUCGGAGGACAACGAGUGUCCGGAUUGCAAGGAGAAAGGCUCGUCUCCGGGUUCACUGAUACCGAACCGAUUUCUACGCAACUCGGUUAACGCGUUCCGAAACGAAACGGGCUACACAAAGUCCUUUAAUAAGGCUGCUGUCGGUAAGAAACAAACGAAACCCGAAGAAGCACAAACGGCCGAUAGUACCACCAGUGGGGGCCAUUCUAUUGCGGCAGUAAGCAGCUCGGCGAUCGGUAGCUCCAUUGCAACGACGGCCACCACCAGCACCACUGGUGAGCCAGUCGAAUCGUCCACGUAUGAAGACGAACCGACAGGUGAAAUGCAUCCGCAAAUAUUUGAGGAAAUAUCGCAACAGGGCGACGAUCUGGCCUCACCUGCUCUAGAGGACAAGGAUCCGUCAGUUAUCGGUGGCCAUCCACAGAUUUGCGAUGCGGAAUCGGACUACGAGGACAACAUAACGGUCACUGUGCCACCGGCGCACCUGCAAAGCCGCGGUGCUUACCGGGGCGGUCACUACAAUGGUGGCCGACCGAUGCGCCACGGGAAACCGAUGCACGGACACGAGACGCCACCGAACGAGCGGCAAAUGAUGGGUGGCGUGAGAGGCGGUGGAGGACAGGGGUACGCAGGCGGAGGCGAUCCGGGCAAUGGGACCGGUGCAGGCCACCAGGGACAAGAACUGCCGCUGGAUAGAGAAGAAGACCAUCGGCGGCUGAUGGCAAUGGAAGAGAAGGACGAUGAUGGCUACGGUAUCGGUGCGGGGGGUCCUCCGAUGGCGCUGAGAGACCGCGGGGGUGCAGGUGGGUUGGAGUACGGCAGUCUGUCACCCGAUUAUCAUCACCAUGCGGCUCGCGGAUUGAUGCCGAUACCGCACAACCAUCCGCAACACCAACAGCCACAUGUGCAGCAUAUUGGAACGACUAUGGGACAUCCGGGAGUACCGGGCGGUGUUUAUAUGGUUCCGGGAAAUGCUUAUCCCGGGCACGGUGGUCACUCGCAAUACGGAAUGAUGGCCGGGGCAGCGGCUGGUUACGGAAUGCAGCAAGGUGGUUACCCACCCCACCAGCGGCCGUACGAUCACCAUCACGGCGCGAUGUAUCCGGGUGACAGGCCACCGAGGCUAAUGUAUCAUCCGAGAGGCGGUUACGCCCCUCACCCGCAGCAUAUGAGACCUCGGCACAUGGCCCCGCGACCGAUGGGCACCUAUCCCGGAAUUCUUCAAACAAUAGGCCCUGGAAUAAUAGACGAUCCUCUGGAGGCUUUCAAUCGAAUCAUGCGCGAGAAAGAGCGACGCAAAGAACAGGAAGCAUUGCGCAGGGCUCGUUCACCGGGCGGCAGUGGUGGUGACCGUGGCCGUCGUUCGCGCUCGUUCGACAAUGGAAGCCGUGGCGCAGGUGCUCGAAGUGGCGCUGGGCGAGAAGGAAACGGUUCACCGGACAGGAGGCGCAACUCGCGCCAAAGAUCACCGGGCGACAGACGCCGUUCUCCGGAUGACAAGCAUCCGGAUGAGAGGGGAGAGCAUCGCCCUCGCGAACGACGACGCAAUCGUUCGAGUUCUUACAGCUCGGGAAGUUCGCGAUCGUACACAAGAUCCAAAUCUCGUUCGCCUAUGAAGAGAAACAAAUCGCCCCGGAAGCGUUCGCGUAGCCCGGGCUUCCGAGACCGACGGAGUCGCAGUAGAUCCGGAUCAUUCGGCAGAGGGGGCAGCGGGGGAAGAUACAGAGGCCGUCGUGACGAUAGGCGCGGAGAAGAUCGCCGUGUCGGAGACCCGAGGGACCGUUCACCAGGGUACGGCAAUCAACAAAGCUAUGGGUACGGCAACAAUCGUCCUCGAGGUGGCGGUGGUGGCCAACGAGGCCGUCCGCGGGGCAACAGCCGUGAUCCCGGAACUGCUCCAGGCGGUCUGAUGAAUCCGGGCGUAGGAAUGCAGCCGUAUCCGCAUCCACGAGGUUACGAUCGGCAUCCUGGCGGUGGAGGCCCCGCGUCUCACCCUGUUUUAACUCCAAUCGGAACCGGUGGUGGACGGGUGGAUGAUAUGCAUGCGCCCGCAUACAUGCAUGGCCAAAACGAUUUCCAUCAUCGAGCGGAAGGUCAGCAGCAUCACCAACAUGGAGGACCCGCAGCAUCCAUGCAAGGUGGUGCCGACGGUGGCGGUACCAGCGGCGGCCCUAACACGCAGCAAAACAGAUACCCGGGACGAGAGGAUCGUGAACGUAGCGUUGGUAGCUAUGCGGAAGGAAGCGCGAGACAAGAGUAUUACGACGGGGCGGACCAGCAACAUCCUAACCUGCACCAUCCUGAUCGACAUCGAGCGUCGAAUGCUUCAUCGCCGCACGGGGGCCAUCAUCAGGCAGGAGAAGCAGGAUUCGAAACGGUGCAGCAACACGGCAGGGAGGCAGGCCGUUGGGCGGAUCAUUCGGAGGAUGGCCACCAGCACAGUACUCCCAAGAGACAUGAAGAGCACAGGGACCGUUCGCGCACUCCCGACAUGGCGAAGGUAGGCCCAGGUUCGGCUCGUGACUCUGACCACCGCAGCGACCAUCACGUAUCUUCCGGGGGUGGUGUGGCUGGCAGCGACAUGCAUAGGCGAUCGCGAUCACGCGACGAUCGUAAACGUCACUCCGGUGCCGCAGGGGAGACCGCUGAGCGAGAUGCUGGUGAUCGUAGGAGAGGCGACCAGUCGAAGCCCUCGGAAUCUAUCGAAAGGCGUGACAAAGCGACGGUUGGCGGCCGAGGCGGUCCGCGUGAACACGAGAAGGAGCGCGAAAAGAAUGACCGCAACAAGCAUCAGCAUCCGGACAGUAUGAUGAAGGACAAGCGAUCGAACUUUGAGCAACAGCAUCGCCGUGAAGAUCAUAGAGACCAUCGAGAGAAGGAUCGUGAACGAGAGCGAGAUCGCGAACGAGAGCGAGACCGGGAGCGAGAUCGCGAUAAGGACAAGGAGAGAAAAGACAAGGAAAAGGAUCGUGAACGGGAUCGUGUAAAGGAGAAGGAACGCGAAAAGGAACGUGAAAAGGAUCGCGAAAAGGAUCGCGAAAAGGAGAAGGAUCGCGAGAAGGAACGGGAGAAGGAAAAGGAACGAGAACAGGAGAAGGAACGCGAAAAGGAGCGCGACCGGUUUGCGAAGGAGCUGAAGGACAAGAAAAAGUCACGUGAAUCUAGUGAGGACGAUCGUCGCGAUAGGAAGAAGGAUCGUGAUAAAAAGAAGCGCAAGAAGGAGAAGGAAAUCGAAAAGCGGAAACACAAGAAAGAGCGCAAGGAGAAAGAUAAGGACCAGCGUGGCAAGGACCGUCGUAAGGAACGGAAAACGGUGGAGAAAGAGGAGCCGGACAGCUCGCAGCAACCGGCAACACCCGCACUUCGCCAGGGAGACGAUUGCCAUGAAACGGCAGAAAAUAAAGUCGCCGAACAGCAGCAGGAAGAUGGACAGCGCGGUCUCAUUACCGAUAAGGACGGGGGACCGGAGAGCAGCUCCAGAGCAACGGAAGUGGACGAAGAGGUUGGUGCCGAUGGGGAGGCGAAGCAGAGUGAUUCGGGUGACUCUGGUCCGGAAGAGGAAUGCGCUCCGAAUGCUCAUCAGCAACAGCAGCAACAAGAGGCGCAAAUUGACGGUAACGAUCACGGCGAUCUGUACUCGGACAUUCCGGAGAAGUACGAAGGUGAUCAGUUGCUGGAACCCUCUGCUUUGGAGCAUGACAGUAGCGAUAUGCUUCUGGAUAAUCGUGACAACUUGUUCGCUCUGGAAGAGGAAAAAAGCACCGUGGCCGCUGACAGUACCGAGUCAGGGCAGGACAAACUAGACAGCGAGCUCGGCGGUGACGGUGAGAUGCUGAUGUUGAAGCGAUCGGACUCGGUGCUGGAUCUGCACGCUAAUGUAGAUUUCGACCCAGAGCUCGACGAUAGUGAUCAGCUUUCUGCCAGCCGGCAGCAGCCACAGGUGCCGCCAAAGGGCAGUGAAGCGUUUAUGCCCGAACCCUCCAAGUGGGAAUUGGAGGAAGACGCGCACGUUCAUUCGACGGUGGAAAAGAAAACCACAGCGUCUACAUUUGAUGACUAUUCACACGACAGUUCAGAAGCCUGCGGUGGAAGCGGUUCGGGUGCGACCGCUGGCAAGGUGACAAACGAAGUGUUGAAGCGCGCAGAGAAUGCUAUCUUUACGCGGGCAAUCAAUGCGAUACGUCCGAUCGAGAUCAAGAAGAUUAGUGUAGAGCGACAGAAACUGUACACGGCUGGACUAGGAGACGGACAGCGAGAAGUUUCGCCCAUACUGGAACUGAAGCUGAAGCAGGAGCACGAAGAUCUGAAGCGAUUCCAGGUUACGGUGCCGGCAAACGAUGAGCGAGCCGAACGGUCGGUUGAAAUCAAACCCGAAGUCAAGUCGGUGGAAGGUCGCGGAUCGCCGAUUCGGGCCUCGAUCAAGGAGCGCCUCGGAAGCAAGGUUACAGAAAAUACACCUCAGCAGUAUUCGCGAUCUCGGACACCGCCAGGGCGCAAGGGAAGUUCUGGCCCUGGCACGGGUGACGUUCGUUCAAAGCUCUCCUCCGAUCGUCGCAGAGCCUCGUCCCGUAGCCAGAGUCCUCGCGUACACGAGGAGCCUGCUGGCAGAAAGCGCCCCGACGGAGAUCGUUUCGGUGGACGACAGGGAAACGCUGGUGGCAAACAGCAGCAGCAUCAGCAGGCGGAACGACGAAUGUUUGGCCAGGGAUCAAAUAACAACAGGCGAGGAAACGAUCGGCAUCAGCAGCAGCAGCACCAGCAUCACCAGCAGCACCAGCACCACCAGCAGCAGCAUCACCAGCAGCAGCAUCAGCCAAGAGAUCGUAACGAUCGGUCCGGUGGACGAAGGAACAGUAGCGAGCGCAGAAAGACGGAUAACUUACCCCCUGGACAGCAACAGCAACAGCGCGACCGUUCUGGUCCCGGUGGGCGUCGUGCUAGCCGCGAACGCAAGGAACCUCGAUCGCCAAGCUCGAACAAGGACAAACGCUCGGACGAUCCCCGAACUAGGGCACCGGCACAUCAGCAUCGUGAGGAUGGUGGACGUGUGUCGUCGAGCAAAGCGAAUCAACAAACAAAACGUGACGAUAGUGCUGAAGGUCGAAAGCCGUCACGAUCGGGCAACGAGGAAAAGGGUGGCCUCGCUCCGAGCUCCACUACCGGAAGUGGCGUACGUUCGACAACUGGCCGUGGUGGCGCUGCUGAUCGGUCGCCCGUUCGCGAAGAACAAUCAACUCGCAAGCGCUCGGUGGACCAUUUGAAGGAUGAUUCUAGCGCCGGGCGCCCUAAACAGGACGAUGGGGCUCAAACGGGUGACAGUGGCAACGCAAGCAAACGUACUAAGCUCGAGAAAGCAGCAGCGAAACCAGCAGCGGCACCCGCUAAGGGUGGCGGUGGUGGCAGUUCGAGCGAUUCGAGUAGUAGCGAUUCAGAUUCGUCCUCCACAGAGAGCAGCCCGGAUACGGAUGCUGGUGGUGGCGGCGGUGGCAAUGCGAGAAGCAGCAGCAAGAAGCGCAAGAAGCGUAAACACAAGAAAGAUCGCAAGCGUGCCAAACGCUCCACCUCGAGCGAGUCGAACGAGGAUUCGGGCGGCAAGCGAAAGAAGUCGAAGAAAAAAUCGAAAUCCUCUAAGAAGAAGAAAAAGUCGAGUAAACAUAAGAAAGAUUAGUAGUGCAGAACCGUUUGAGAACUGGGAUUGGAGGGCUGCAGAAAACUGGAGAAUGAAUUCGCUAAAAAGGAUCCAACUUGCUUUUGUUGGGUAGUGUGUCGAUCAGCAAUUGCACUAAAGCAGUAAAGCAGACGACGAUGUAUAUGACAACGAUCCGCGUUGAUUACCCUGUUGAGGCUUUUCACUCCCAUCACUGAUCGCUGCGAGUGCGGCGGGUAUCGAAUUCCUUUUGAGGCCCCUUACAAACAGCUCCUUCUGUACGGUCGUUUCGGCUGCAUCUUCCCAUGGUGCGGUCAUUAGUAAGAAGUUUUAAAGCCGAAGGGUUGUAUAAAUUAGAAUAGAGCCUAUCAUCGCCCCUUCUCAAAAGCC